AUGAGCCCCGACGAGUUCCGCCCCGGCGAGUUCUGCCCCGCCCCCACCCCGCCCGGCCACGGCGACCUCCGCCCAGCCACGGCUCGCCCCGCCCGUGCCCCCGCCCGUGCUCGCCGAGUCCUGGCAGGCCGCGCCCCGGCGACCUCCCGCGCCCGCCCGUGCCCCGCUUGUGGUCGCCGCGUCCCGGCAGGCCGCGCCUCGGCGACCUCUGCCUCCGCCCGUGCCCGGCGCGACCGGCGCCGCCCCCGCCUAUGCCCGUGGGUCGCCGGCCGUGCCCCCGCGCUUGUGCAAGCUCCGUGGCGCAGGGCCGCCGGCGAAGCUCCCGCAAGCUCCCGUCGCGAGCGUUGCUCCGGGUCGAGCAGGUUGGCCGGGACGAGCGCCUCGCGCACGGCCGCUGCGACGCACUGCAAGGCGAGGCCGCCCCAACGCGCUGCUUCCUCCCGAGCGGAGACGACCGCGUGCACGGCCCCGUCCGCGUUCCUCGCCGCGUGCACGGCCCCCGUCCAUCUCCCCGGGCGGGCGUCCGGGCUCGGCUAUGGCAAGACGAGCGGUGGCGUGCUGAGGCGCGGCCUGUGCUCGCAGCGGCCGGCCGACGCCCGUGACCGCGCAGCGCGACGCGGCCGGCGUGGCGUGGCGAGGAGUGACGCGGCCGGCGCCCGCGGCGGCAUGGCUCACGGCGAUGGGGCGAGCGGCAGCGCGCGGCGCGGGCGGCCCGUGCUCGCGGCGAUGGGGCUCGGCGGAGCAGCUGCACGCGAGCGGGGGCGCACGGGCGGAGCAGCUGCGUGCGGUGCGGGCGGAGCGGCAGCUGCAGCAGCGGCGGGCGGCGCGGCCGGCGCCCUUGGUCGUCGCCUUGCGCAUCGCCGUCGACGAGCUUCGCCGCCGGAGCUCGUUUUGGCGGCGGCGAACUCCGGCAUGGAUGAAAAAAAAGGCCUAGCACAGAGCGGCGGAGGCCUCAAUGCGAAGGCGACGGCGGCAGUGCGCCAGGUGAGCCUUUCCGCCGGCAGCCAUGGGAGCAUCCAAGGGGGAAAAGAAGUCAGAGAUGAACGGAGGAGAGAGAAGAUGUGGGGUCGGGCGGAUAUAAACGAAUGUCCAGAGCCGCACGAAGUCGUCCGGGAGGACGCAAAAGCCUCCCAAAUUUAA